UCAGCACGGUCGUCGACCACCACCACCACCAUGGUCAUCGACAAUAAGAACGUAGACGCCGGGUCGCCGUCUGCACGGACCCCCAAGAAAACGUUCACAGAUGACCUCUACUCUACUUUCAGCUCCCCGCUGGCCUGGAUCUUAGUUCUGGCUCUCAUCAUUACAUGGUCUUGUGUUUUUGUCAUCAUGUUUGAUCUGCUGGACUACAAGACCAUCUCAGGUCACCCACCUCCUGCCGUCAGGAAGGUUUUAAAGGAUUCAGGGCAUAGAGGAGGCCUCACCAAGAUCGGCUCGGACCCCGUGAAGGCGGUGAAUGAUGCUGUGGAGGAAACAGCAAACGUGAUCAGUGUAAUAUUAAAAUUUGCUGCGAACCUGAUUGCGCCUGAAGAAGAAGAAGAUUCAAGAUGGUUGGAGGAGGAGGAGGAGGAGGAGGAAGUGGAGGUGAAGAUUAAGAAAGCAAAAGAGAUGCAAGCAAAGAAGAAAAUACCAGUGGCUGAAGUUGUGGAGGAGGAAGAGGAGGAGGGAGAGGAGGGAGACGAAGAGGAGACUGCUGGGGAGGAGGAGGAAGAGGAGGAAGAAGAGGAGGAAGAACUAGAGGAGGAAGGGGCGUAUGAGGAGGAGGAGGAAGAUUAUGAGGAGGAGGAAGAUUAUGAGGAGGAAGAAUAUGAGGAGGAGGAGGAGGAGGAGGAGGAGGAGGAAGGAGUGGAGGAGGAGGAGGUAGGCGGAGUUGAAGAUGAUGAGGAAGACGAAGAAGAGGCAGGAGCAGAUGCUGUGGAGGAAAUGGACAAAAAGGAAAAGGAGGAGGAGGAGACUGAUGAAGAUGAUGAAGAUGAUGAAGGUGAAUCGAAACAGGAGGCAGUAGAAGAGGUGGAUGAAGACGAUGAAGAUGAUGAGGAUGAAGAGUCGGCAGCGUCUCCUGAUUCUGAGUCUGACUCACCUGUUGAUGUCAAAGACAGCGACAAAGACGUCGCUCUACCUGGUGAAGAUGAUGAAAAAGACGAUGAAGAACAUGAUGAAGACGAUACCAGUGAUGAUGCAUUCACUGACACCUCAGAUGUCAGUGAAUCUGAACUUCUUUCCAGCGAAGAGGAAGACGAGAAGGAUGAUGACGACGAUGAUGAUGAAGACGAUAGACUAGCUGAGGGUGUCGCAACAUCUGAUAGCGAUGAUGUCAUUGCAGAAGACAGCGAUGACGACCUGGAGCUUGACCUUCCUCCUCUGCCUGCUGUCAAAGACGACGACAAAGAUCUGGAAGAAGACAUUAAACACUUUGCAGAUGAUGAAGAUGAAGAGGAAGACAGUGACCUCAAAGACUAUGACCUCGACAUUGACAGUGACCUUGACAUAGACGUCCACAGUACAGACAGUGGAGUCUUAGGCGAUGAUGACGACAUUGCUCUUAAAACAGAUGAAGAGUCUGUUGGAGAGACUGUCUUCAGUGAUGACAUCUCCUAUGAUACAACAGACGACGAUGAUGAGGAUGAUAAAGAUAUUGAUACCAGCUCGUUUGAGUUCACCUUUGAUCAGGAAGAAGAGAUCAAAGACACAUUUCUUGACACUGAAAAAGACGAAAUCACAUCAGAGUCCUUAGUCACCACCACUGCAGCAGCCUUCACUGUCCACGAGGCGGCAGUAAAGACUGAGGCAGAUGACGAUGAGGACGAGGAUGAGGACGAGAUCAGCCAGGCUGAUGAUGAAGACCAGACUGAGGAGGAUGAGUCGGAAGAAAUCGUUACUAGUCUGCCUGCUGCUCUCGAGGAGGAGGAGGAGGAGGAGGGACACGAUGAAGAGUCGAUGGCUGGAACACAGAAAUCUGUCGAUGAGCCAGAAGAUGAAAAAGAGGAGUACGAUGAAGAUGACGAUGAGGAGAAGGCGACGGUGGAUGUGAUUAAGCCUUUGCCUGAACCCGAGGAGGAAGCCACAGUGUGUUCCUGUAUGCACUCUGCCAAGACCAAAGAGUCUGCAACCAAGAGCACAGAGAAGAAAGAUGCUCCCAAGAGGGUUUCAGCUGUGAGAAGGAAAAAAGACCAUGAAGACGAAAAACCACCAAGGAAGGGUCUUCCCAGAAUUGCAGGUCUGCAGCCGAAAAUCAAGAGGGUCAGGAGAUUUCCUGCUCUGUUUAGAGCCAAGAGAGAGGAGAAGACCAAGACGUCCAAAACAGAGACAGAGACCAAAAAACAAGAAGACGUCCCAGAAUCUGGACAAGAAGUUGGCCCCUGCAGGCCUGCACCAGUCUACUGCCCGUCCCCUCCUGGCUGGUAUGUUCAUCACAUCGUCACAGACAACCCCUACCCUCCUCCAACCAUGUCAGCAACCUCCACCUCCACCUGGGCAGCCGCUGUACGCUCAAUAUCAACCAUAUCCACCGCCGCCGCAGCCGGUGAUGCAGCCUCAACCAGAACCAGCUCAACCAGGUGA